AAGUUUUUCGCCGAGUUAUAGUCCUGCAGGUUAUCGUGCAACGAUCGUAUUUCCCACAGCCUGCCAAAUCCGCACUCUAGUUAGCCGUAGAAUACCGAAGGCGAAGCACACGUCCAGUCUUUCCAAAAUGGCGACCGAAAGCACGCCGUUGACAAGGACCGAUGACGUCACACCGGUAUCCGGUUCCCAGUAUGUUUCAUUAUCGAAACAUGAAGCUGUCCACGCUCCGACAUGUCUGAAACCUAGAUGUUGCGUGUACGCGGCAUCACUGUCAUUACUACUCAUGGUCGUCAUAGUGGGUACGUCGUACUACUUGGACCACGGUCAAAGUAUAAACAUACAGCCAACCGUCGUUCCGACGGUUGAUACGUUGUUAAUGCUCAAUUGGCCAUUGCAAGCAGACGAGGCGACGGCAACAUCAAUUAUUCAGAAGACUGUUAUAAAUGCGACCGGAGACGACUUAAUACUCGCGAUGGAGGGAGGCUACAAAAGUUUGAAAGCCAAAGAGGAUUUGGAAAAAAACUUCCCGACAAUUGAUGACGGAACUCCAUCAUACCGUCAUCAGCAAGUGAUGAAGUCCGGCCCCGAAUCGAUACGGAUCGCGCGGAACGGUUACGUCGAGAACGUUGCGACUGAAAAAUUGAGGGAAACGUUGAACGUGACGAAGGACACGGAUGCGAUGAUAUUGGUCGACAACAACGUGACGACGGUGUUCAACAGCAGCGAGUGCGCGAGUCCCGAUCCGGUGAUUUGUCCGCUUCGAAGUCGGUACAGGACGGUGGAGGGCAGCUGCAACAACGUCAUGGAACCGCGCAAAGGCGCGGCACUGACACCGUUCCGCAGACAGUUGCCGGCAGACUAUUCAGACGGCGUUUGGAAGCCAAGAAGAGCAACAGAUGGUUCGGAGUUACCGUCGGCAAAGCAAGUCAGCGAGGACGUGCACCGAGAGUCAUACGAGGAGGACCACGACUUUACCGUAAUGCUAGCAGUUUGGGGUCAGUUCAUGGACCACGACAUCACAGCCACAGCGCUGAGCAGAGGGCACAACGGGAGCUCGAUUUCGUGCUGCGGUAACUCUGCCGGUAACGUCACGCACCCCGAAUGUUUUCCGGUGAUCGCAAACGGAAGUGGCGGCAAGUGCGACGGCAAGUGCAUGGAGUUCGUGCGCUCUUCGCCCGCGUCCACUUGCGGUUUCGGUCCCAGGGAACAACUGAACCAAGCGAGCUCAUAUUUGGACGGUUCCACCGUUUACGGAAACACGCAGACGCUUCAAAACGACCUAAGAUCCUGGACGGGCGGACGCAUGAAGGUAUUCAUAUCGGAACAUGGUGAACAGCUUUUGCCGCCGAACAAAGACCCUAGAGAUGGGUGCAAUGAGAAAUCAGAAAUGGAAAAGGGCCGUUAUUGUUUCCUAUCAGGCGACGCCAGAGCGAAUGAAAACAUGCACUUAACGACGCUCCACUUGAUCAUGAUCCGUCAACACAACAUGAUCGCGGACAAAUUGUCGUCGCUGAACCCGCACUGGGAGGACGAGCAGGUUUUUCAAGAAACCAGACACAUCGUCACUGCUCAGAUCCAACACAUCACGUACAACGAAUUUCUACCAAUAUUGCUAGGUGACAAUCUAAUGGACCAUUUGAACUUGUACCCUCAAAAAACGGGUUACUGGAACGGGUACAACUCUUCCGUGGACCCGUCGAUCAACAACAAUUUUGCCACCGCGGCGUUCCGUUUCGCACAUACCCUCAUACCGAGCAUGAUGAAAUUCCUGCGUGACGACGACAGCAAUCCGGAGUACGUAGAAAUGAGAAAGAUGCUAUUCAACCCGUACAAAUUGUACAGUUGCGGCGGCGUGGACAGCGUCAUCCGGGGAGCCAUGAACACAAGUGCCGGGAAAUCGGACGCGUUUUUCACUCCCGAAAUAACAAGACAUCUGUUCGAGAAAAAUCAUGGAAACAAACACACAAAGAGACAAUGUGGAUUGGAUUUAGUAGCAUUAAACAUCCAAAGAGGACGAGAUCACGGGUUGCCAGGAUAUCCGCAAUGGCGUCGAUUGUGCGGAUUUCCUCGUCCACAAAGUUUUGACGAUUUAAAUGGAAUUUUCGAACCCGUAACACUACAGAGGAUAACGCAAUUAUACAAAUCGGUCGACGACUUGGACCUGUACACCGGACUGCUGUCGGAGAGACCGUUGGACGGAAGCAUUUUAGGGCCGACAAUCACGUGCCUGUUAGCUGAUCAAUUUCUACGGACCAAAUUGGGCGACCGUUAUUGGUACGAGACCGGCGAGAAACCUCAAGCUUUCGACGAGGAUCAACUGUCAGAGAUCCGAAAAACCACGUUUGCGGCGAUAAUUUGCGACAAUUCUGACGAAAUUGAAUCCGUUCAGUUGCACGUGAUGCGCAGCUCUCGUAAAGUCGGUAACGACAGGGUUGGCUGCGACAGUUUAAUAAAAAUGUCUCUCGAACCGUGGAAAGAAAACGCCACCGCCGCCACUGCUGCUUCUGAUGCCGCCUCAACAGUCGCCACCACCACUGUUACGACCAGAAGUAAUAGCACAAAGUCCGCGGUGAACGUAUAAUUUGGAUCCGCUGUGCGAAUCGACGAACAUUUCUCGGGGGGUGAACACUAAUUAACUAGACUAGAUAUUAUUAUACACAACAAUGUAAAUUAAACGUCUCGUCCGUUGGGUACGCGUAAAAAAUGCGUUUAAUUAUUUAUAUUUUUUUUUUUUACCAUCAUUUUAUCGUCAUCUCAUCCGGAAGCGGAACGCCUCGAAAAGAAAAUAAACGUGCUGCGCGUACCUCGAGUCAUUGCUUUAUUUAUAAUAUCAUCGUUAUGAUUUCAAUGGGCAAAAAAAAUAGAGAAACUAUCGAUUUUUCAUUAAUCCUCCUUGCCGUCUGCAUCAAAUAUUAUUGCCUACUGAUGUUGAGUCACUUCAUAACAUUACGAUUUUCCACGGUCGACGUCCACAGAAUUAAGCUGCAAUUCAAUGCGGGACUGUUUUUUAUUUUACACAAAUUCCAAACGUCUUAAUAGAUUUUAAAUAGUUCUUUUUUUUCUGUAAUUAUAAUGUUUAAAUACGACACGACAAAUUAUUUUCCGAUGAUCGUGGGGAAACACAGACGUUACCGGGUACAAGCUCAAUUCGUUUUUUUUUUUUUUACUAAAAUGACCUUUCUUUUACUGAUGACGAAAUUCUCGUUCAAGUGGUAAUCGCGAGAUAACGGAGAUAAGUUUCGGAUGGCCGUCGAGAUAACAUUACCUACAGUCUGAGAUUACAGUACAACACAAAGAUUUUUCGAUAUUACGUCCCGGAACGGACAGUAAAACUCGAACUGCUAUACUACCUAAUAUGCGCGUUAUAUUCUCUUCGAAUUUUUCUCGUUCUCCAUUGAUAUGAUACAAUCGAGUCUAGCUGCACCGCGCCGCGUCUAUUAUUAUGAUAAUAAUAUACGAAUACAAAAAUAAUAAUUCCCGAACGUUUACGAUUUAUUAUGUUUAUUUUACCUACAUAUAUUAUCCAAAGACGAGACGCAUAAUACACACUAUUCGUAUGGUAUUUCUUUGAUGGUAUAUAUUUUCUUCACUAUGUAUAUACUACGACGCAGAGACGUUCCUAGACCUUAAUUUAGAAAGAAGACGGAAGGAAAAUCGUCUGUAUUAAAUACACUUUUUUUAGAAAAAUA